CUAUUUCAAGUGACUUUAAAAGAGCCUGAAGAUUUUUUUAUACGAUUUAAUAAAUAUUUUAUUAAGCAAUAUGUAACCAAGACCAGGGGCAAAUAGCCCCAUGGUCAGUUAAUUUUAAACACCUGGUCCUGUACAGCUUCUAACAAUCCUAACGGCAAGAAUGACAGCCUCGGCAUUUCACAAACUGUGCACACUUGUUAAAUGUGAUCAGCCACAGGAAACGACUCCUCAACAAGAACCAUCGGCGGGGGUUGCUCAGCUUCAGCUCGACAUGCAAACUCCUUUUGUGCCAUACGCAAGUAGCGUCCUUGAAGAAAUACCGCAGGAUAUUCUACCUUUAAAAGGUGAACGUUCUGCUGUGUCACCAACAGACAAGGGUAUCAUCGAACCUGCACAGAAUCAAUCACGAGAUAACAGCUCAAUGGAAGAAACAACCGCAUGCAAGGAUACCAUUGAUUGCUGAUAAAGAAAGGAUUAUUGAUAAUUAAAAAGAGGGAAUCUUUUGUGCACAAUAAUAAUUUUAUUUAUACAAAGGGUUUAUAUAAACAUAAAAUAUAUAUUUUAAUACAAAAUACAUUGUAUGACGAUAUUGACAAAUGAACUUCGAUAUCUUUAUGAAGAGAUGAUGAAAGCUUUUUGACACUAUUUUAAUAAACACACUGUAUAUACAAGUACUAGUAAACGUAGCGAAGUAGUCAGUUUAUUAUUAUGUUAAUGCAACCAAUUGAAAUUGCAUCAUAUUUAUGACAAAAUUUUAUUUUUAUUACGCGAGUCACAUUUUGCAAGCAUUAUUUUCUAUCAAUAUGUAAAAUUUAAUUGUAUACGUUAUAAUCACUAUUUAUAGCGAUUUUUUAUUUAAUUGAAUCAAAAUUAUCGUUUCUACAGAAAUCUGUCGAGAACGAAAUGGACGUGAGUUCUUCAAUAUUUUUAGCUACGUUUAUUACAAUAAUGUGCUAUUAAGCAUUUUUAAUAACACAGUUGGAAACUACACUGGUCGAUUUGAGCGAUAAAAUUCCUUGCUUGCGGCACAUUCUUCAUCCGGAAUAUGUUCCGUAUUUAAUCACAGCUGCAACAAUGUUGAUGAGCUGGCUGCUUGUCUCUUGGAUAUUUCAUGCAUGUAUCUCGAAAAUAUAUACCCAAUUGAUUCAUAACUAAUUAUAACUAUUUUUUACAGUUAAUUUGGAUAUUGUUUACUCCCGUAACAAUAAGUGCCAUCGCCAUAGCGUUAAUAUGUCCAGCAACAAGCAAAUGGUGUUUCCAGCAAUUGGGAAUAAAUUUAGAAGAGAUAGUGAAUAACACUAUUCAUAAGUUUCAAUUUCGUUGACGUCAAAUAAACAUUAUUAAGUUAACCGGAAGAAUAUUUCAACCGUAAGAACAUUUGCGUUUGUAUAUUUACAUUUAUUAUACGUUGAAAUUUAUUCAGUUUAUUGUA